GCUGCGACAAAUGCAUCUUGAAAGGCCUUGUUUGUUUCUCCUCAAAAUAUGCAACAUAGGAGAAAAAGGAUGGCUUUCUUCUGUGUGAUUCAUAGACUUGUUGGAAUUGGUUUUUGAUUUUUGAUGAAACAUUUGUAAAGAUAAAGUGGGCUGUUUUGCCAUUCAUGAAACAAACAGAGGAUGAAGAGUAAAUACAUCCCAAAACGUUACGUGACUGUUAUUUUGACCUUCAUCUGCACUUCUGUGUGCUACAUAGAACGAGCUGGCUUCUCUAUUGCAUAUACUGCAGCUGCUGAUGCGGCAGGAAUAGAUCAAUCGAGCAAGGGCAUGAUACUGUCGACAUUCUAUUAUGGUUAUGCCUGUUCACAAAUUCCUGGUGGUUGGGUGGCUCAAAAAGUUGGAGGAAGGCGUGUUCUUUUGUUUUCAUUUCUUUUGUGGUCCCUGACUUGUGCUUUUGUAACACUGGAUCCAAAUCGAGUUGUAAUUUUGGUUGUAGCCCGGUUGCUUGUUGGUGUGGCCCAGGGGUUCAUCUUUCCCUCCAUUCACACUGUAUUAGCACAAUGGGUGCCCCCACAUGAGAGGUCCAGAUCUGUAUCUCUCACAACUUCGGGAAUGUAUUUUGGUUCAGCUGGAGGAAUGCUUGUCCUCCCAAGCCUUGUAAGACAACUGAAAGGUCCCCAGUCAGCAUUUCUUGUUGAAGCAGCUUUAGGCAUCAUGUGGUCUCUACUUUGGUUGAAGUAUGCCAGUGAUCCACCUCGCUCUGAACAUCCAAAGGCCACGGCUGCUGGUUUUGGUGAGUCCUUGCUUCCGAUCAAAGGAACUCAAAAGGAGAAAGUAGAAAAUAGGGUACAUUCCAUGAGAGCGCCGAAAAUCCCAUGGAAGAGAAUAAUUCUCAGCUUGCCGGUCUGGGCAAUAGUUGCAAAUAAUUUUACUUUCCACUAUGCUCUUUAUGUACUCAUGAAUUGGCUUCCUACAGACUUUGAGUUAGCCCUCAAUCGUAGUCUUCAAGAUAUGUGUUCCUCUAAGAUGAUGCCUUAUCUAAACAUGUUUCUGUUCUCAAAUAUUGGUGGGAUUAUGGCAGAUCACUUGAUUACCAGGAGAAUCAUGUCCGUAACUAAAACAAGAAAGCUUUUAAACACACUGGGAUUCAUGGUGGCUUCAUGUGCGUUGAUGUCUCUUCCCUGGUUUAGAACGCCUAAUGGUGUUGUGUUCUGUUCAUCAGUGGCUCUUGGUUUGUUGGCACUUGGAAGAGCUGGAUUUGCCGUUAACCAUAUGGAUGUGGCCCCAAGAUAUGCAGGAAUCGUCAUGGGGGUCUCUAAUACAGCCGGUACCUUAGCCGGCAUAGUUGGUGUUGAUCUUACAGGUCGACUUCUGGAAGCUGCUAAGGCUGUGCAGUUGGACCUGACAAGUCCGGAGAGCUGGAGAGCAGUUUUCCUUAUCCCGGGGUUGCUCUGUAUCUUCAACUCAAUAGUGUUCCUUGUAUUAUCAACAGGGGAGAGAAUUUUUGAUUGAGGUUUGUAGAGCUGCUUAUUUAGUAGUGACUAAAAAAGGUAUAGUUUUUAGUGGAAAUCAUUGCUUGGCUGGCUGCUAGUUAUUUAGAAGAACUGGCACUUGGCACUGGCAGGGAGUAAUCUGUAUUGCAGCAUUAAGAGUUGAUGUACCCCUUAUCGUCCUGCUGAGUAACUUGUAACAUUUAGUAUACACUCAUGGAUUUCAAUUUGUCCCCUCCAUAAU